AUGUGCUGCCUGCAGAGCCAUGGACCAAGUUUUGGCGUGCCGACCGGAAGAAGGGAUGGCCGGAUCUCCAGCCUUACCCUGGCAAACGAUCUGCCAGAUGUCAACGACCCAAUUGAGGUUCUAAAAUCGAAAUUUCAUGCCAAGGGAUUGUCCACCAAGGAUCUCGUCCUCCUCACCGCCGGUGCCCACACCAUCGGCACAUCGGCUUGCUUCUUCAUGCCGCAGCGUCUAUAUAACUUCAAUGGCCACAACGACACCGACCCUAGCAUCAAUCCCAAGUUCCUGCAGCGCCUCAAAUUAAUAUGCCCCUUGGGCGGCUCUAGCUUUCAAAGGCUGCAUCUCGACUGGUCCUCGCAAUUCCAGUUUGAUGAUCAUAUUCUGCGCAACAUCCUCAACGGCUUCGCAGUCUUGGCCUCCGACGCUCAGCUGGUGGAGGAUGGAACCACCAAGCGGUUCCUGCAGUCGUACGCUGGGGGAUAUGGAAUUGGAAAGUCCUCUUUUGGCAAAGAUUUUGCUGCUGCCAUGGUCAGGAUGACAAACAUCCAGCCCAAAACGGGGCCCAAUGGUGAGAUCAGGAAGGCUUGUCACAAAGUUAAUAGUUAA